AUGACAUCUCUCAUGCCUUCUCGACCCUUUGUUCUGCUGUUAUUACUCGUUUGUGUGGCGGCACUUCUCUCUAGGCAACCAUAUUUCGACCGCUCGCACGCCCAUCGCAUUACUGAUGCAGAUAUUAGAGCGACCCAAACACUCCCAAGGCUCAACUUCUCGAGAUCACAUCACGAAUUCUACGCCUCAGAGGCUGCUCGAUCUUUAUGCGACGCACACGGUUACUCCGUCUUCAAGCCCAGGUCGGAUGCUCUCGACGGUCGUCGCAAGAUAUACGACCUCUUCAUGGUCAACACUGAGCUGGACUUUCUCGAAAUCCGACUAAAGACUUUGUAUAAUUAUGUCGAUUAUUUUGUCAUCGUCGAGGCACCCCUCACAUUCCAGGGAGGCCCCAAGGAUCUUACUAUUCGCGAUAACUGGAAGCGCUUCGAAGCAUAUCAUGACAAGAUGAUAUACCACCAACUCCAAUACCCAAAAGGGUUCAAACCUUUGCGCCACUGGGAUCGAGAGGACUUGCAACGAAACGCCAUGUUCGAGCAAGUCUUCCCAAAACUUACCGGCGAACAAAUCCCUGCCCAGGGGGACGUCAUUCUGGUCGCCGAUGUCGAUGAGGUUCCUCGUCCAGCAACAAUGCUAGUCCUCCGUACAUGCAACUUUCCGCGUCGUCUCACCCUGUCCUCCAAGUUCUACUACUACUCCUUCCAGUUCCUCCACGACGGGCCCGAAUGGCCAUUCCCACAGGCGACCUACUACCAAGGCAUGCGCAAGACAAUACUGCCUGGGAAUCUGCGGACAGGCGAUGCAGGCAUUCCCCUGCUGCGUGAUUUGGAAAAGGGCGUAUUAUCGAAUGCGGGCUGGCAUUGCAGUUCGUGCUUUGCGACGGUGGACCAAUUCCUGAACAAGAUGGCCAGUUUCUCACAUGCGUGGAUGAAUCGCGACUCUUUCCGCGACAGAGAUCGCAUCGCCAAUGCCGUACGACAGGGUGUUGACUUAUGGGGUCGCAAGGUGGACACUUUCACACGGGUCGAUAACAAUCUUGACCUGCCCAGAUGCCUUCUUGAGGAUCGGGAGCGAUUUCGAUAUAUUCUGGACCGCGAUGGCGAGACUGCUGGGUUCACGGACUACCCAUGA